AUGAGUGGAAGAGCCUCGAACAACAUCCCUCCUUCUAUCAGAAAGAUCUGGCAACAGCAAGAGCAGAAUUUGCAGAGAAAGUAUCAAGGAGUCGGAAGCCAUAUGACGUCCACCAAGGCGAUUGUGUGUCAUGACACCUACGACAAUGGCGGCUGGAAGAUGGAGGACGUCGGCUUGAGAGCGCUGAACGAGGGCGAGCUCUUGGUCGAGAUGGUCGCUACUGGAGUCUGCCAUACAGAUGCAUUGAUUGGAGGCAUCCCUGGUGGAGCAGCUCCAAUCGCUUUCUACCCGAGAAUCCUGGGACAUGAAGGCUCCGGGUACGUGAAAGAGGUCGGUCCAGGCGUCACAGUAGCCGCCGCCGGCGACCCAGUCCUCUGCUCCUUCGCCUUCUGCGAGAACUGCGAAAUCUGCAAAGCAGGCCACCAGUCCAACUGCAACUCCUUCAACGAGCUCAACUUCGGCCCCGCCCCAGCCUUCCACCUCGCCUCCAAGUCCGGCGAGCCAGAAGUCGGCGGCCUCUUCUUCGGCCAAUCCUCCUUUGCCAACUUCAGCAUCGUCAAGCAAUGCUCCAUCGUCAACGCGAAAGGAAUCGUAGACAACAAGAAAGACCUCCAGCUCUUCGCACCCCUCGGCUGCGGAAUUCAAACCGGCAGCGGCACAGUCGUCAACGUCUCUGGCGCAGGCCCGAAAGACUCCAUCUGCAUUAUGGGCCUGGGAGGUGUGGGUCUCUCCGCCAUUAUGGGUGCGAAAAUCAUGGGCUGCAGACAAAUCAUCGGCAUCGACAAAGUCGAAUCGCGCAUGAAGCUCGCCAAAGAGCUCGGAGCCACCCACGUAAUCGACGGCUCCAAUCUCGGCGAGGGCAAAACACUCAAAGACGUAGUCCAAGAAGUCGCCGACGGCGUCGGCCCCAACAUCGUCAUCGACACCACCGGCGCUCCCGUCCUGAUGGACGCGGGCAUGCAAUUCGUGCGCAACCGCGGGAAAUACAUCCAAGUCGGCUCGCCUCCCUUCGAUUACACGCUCGGCAGCGUUGUCGGCUUUGAGUUCAUGGUUGCUGGGAAGCAGUGGAUUGGGGCUAUUGAGGGAGGGGCGUACCCGCCGGAGUUUGUGCCCAAGAUGAUUCAGUGGUAUAGGGAGGGCAGGUUUCCGAUUGACAAGUUGAUGAAGUUGAUGCCGGCGGAGAAGUUUAGUGAGGCGAUGCAUGAGAUGCACACGGGUGAGACGAUUAAGCCGAUUUUGACGUGGUCGUAG